GCAUGUUCAUGACGGCUAGAAUUCAUUCUGCAGCGGAAACUCCACGUCGACUUUUUCCUCUGAGGCACAGAAAUGGACAUCUUUGAAUCUUUCCAUCUAGUCACAGCUCCGCCAACAGAAACACAUCCUAUAAUACAGUGUAUUAUCAACAACGACCUCAAGAAGCUCAAAAAAACCUUAAAGGCAACAACAUCAAUGCAGUUUACCCAUGCAGAGAGUGGAAAGACUAUUUAACCCCACUGAUUGCUGCUAUUGUAAAUCACAACAGGGACAUUUUCACUUACCUUUUGCAACAAGGUGUUGACCCAAACAGUGCUUCCCAAAAUGGAUAUACACCCUUGCAUUAUGUCUCAGUGUCCAAAGCCCCUGAUUUUUUUGUGGAGAAGCUGCUUGAAGCAAAAGCUAUUCCAAAUAUAUGGCAUCCCGGACAACCAUUCACACCCGUGCAAACUGCUGCCAUAAAUGACAGGGAUGAUGUCAUGAAAAUGCUCCUUUCCGCUGGUGCACUGGUAACACUGUUACUCUCCAAUGAUCCUGAAAAUAACAAAAAAAUAUCUCAGAUGAUUCAUAGGCUUGCAUCAAAAGGAGAAAAAAUUUCCUCAAAAGUGAGAUAUUUUCUGGAUAUGGAAAUGGCUGUGCAAGGGGAACCACAUGAAGAAGUGUUCAAAACUUUUGACAGUCACAUGCUGUUGGAGGAUCCUCGGAGCCAUCUGGCCAUGAUUGAAUCACUUUUCAACGCUACUGGGAAAGAUGCAGAAAAAUACCGUCAGGGAAGUAUUAAUUGGCUGAAGGACAAGGAAAAACUGAACUCCUACAUAACAGGUGCAGUCAGUCGCUUUCCAAAAAUCUCCAAAGAGCAUGUUAUUUUGGCAAUUUAUAGUUUGCAUACAGUUUUGUGUACAAUGGAAGAGAUACCAAAUACGCAUGUAUGUGCCAUGAUCCCCCAACUGCUGAACCAGCUUUGCUCAGAAGACAUACCUAAAACACAACUUGUUUUGCAGACACUAUAUGUGAUAACACAGAAAACAAAAGGCACACAUGGCUGGGAUCCCAACUUUAUUGAGAAGUUAUGCAAAACAGUUGCUCCUUUUGCACAAAAACAGUACUCUAGUGACAUUAGAGUAUUCACAUACGGCAUAUUUGGAAACUUGCUUUCAUUUGAACAUGUAGCCACCAUCUUUACAUCAGUGGGGAUAACUUCAGUGCCCGAGGACAUAAUGAUUUCUGCUGACAUGAAGAUUCAAAAAGAUCUGAAAGAAGUGAUCAGACGAUUGAGAUCUCAUUUCAACACAACAAACUUGGGAUGUGAGGACUCUGACGUCUUACCUGGUUUCAAGAAAAAGAAGAAGAAAAAGAAGAAGAAGAAAAAGAGGGAAAAGCAAGAAGACCCCAAUGAUGAAGUUUGCACUGUCGCAACCAAUCCAACAGUAGCUGCUAUUAUGGAGUCAGUUUCAAAUGUGAAGCCGUUCCACUUCAGCACCCCUUUAUCAUCAGAAACCCACAAAUGGCAUCAAAUCAGCAAGAGGUGGAGAGGACAAUUAGAGCUUCUGGCCAGUGAUGAAAGUAGAGUGACCAGAAUUGGGAGCAUGAUUUAUGUGAAUGAUGCAGAAUUCCGCAUAGCAAAAGGAAGUGAUGGUACCGAAGUCUUCUUGGGGCUGAGAGAUGAUGGCACUGAAGUUGCCAUUAAGAGAAUGUCUAAAUGCAACUAUCAAGUGCUGAAGAAUGAGGAAGGAAUUCUGCGCCUUCCAGAGCUUGAUCAUCAGUCUAUUGUGCGAUAUGUUGAUGCGGCGGAGGAUGAGAACUUUGGAUAUCUUGGUCUUCAACUUUGUGAAUACACCCUGGAAGAAUACAUUAAAAAUAAUGAUGGUCUGCUGAUGAAGAAAAUUGUCUAUCAGGUCCUCGAGAGUUUAAGUGUGCUUCAUUGUCGAAGUCCUCCAAUUCUCCACCGUGAUAUCAAACCACAGAAUGUUUUGAUAGAUGUUAACGGGAGGGCAAGACUGGCUGAUUUUGGAAUAAGUAGACGGUUACUCAAAGGCCAAACAACUUGUCGAACAGGCAGUGCAGGAACAAAAUGCUGGAUGGCCAAGGAGACUUUAGCAGAAGAAUGUGACAUACCAUACAAGUCAAACACUGAUAUACAGGUGGCAGGGAUGCUGAUUUACUAUAUCCUGUCUGGAGGACACCAUCCUUUUGGUGACAAAUCCUAUAAAUGUGAAAGCAACAUUCAUGACGGGAUCUACACUUUGGACCAUGUUCAAGAUGUGGUGGCAAAGGAUCUCAUCGAGUCCAUGAUCGAUGAAGAACCAAAGAAAAGACCUAAAGUGGAAGAAUGCUUGAGUCAUCCCUUUUUCUGGACCCCUAAAUGGAGAGUUGACUACUUUAAAAAGAUUGGCAACAGGGAGGAGGUGGCAAACUGUCGAAAGGCUGACCAGGAUCUGGUUAGUUCAUUGGAAAAAUGUGCCACGGAUGGAGCCUUCAAAGGAUGGAGAAAUAAGUUUCCACUCGAGUUGGUCCAGAAGAUGGAUGCCAAGAACAAAGCCUACCCUGACAACACACUGGGACUGCUGCGCUUCAUACGGAACAUGUAUGUGCACUAUUCCAAGGAUGCAGCCCAAGUUGAUGUGAUGAAGUUAUUUCCUGAUCUCUUCGGAUGUGCUUUCAAGUUUGCCAAGACUCAAGGGUGGAAUUCAGAGACCCCCUUGAUGGAAAUGUUCCAAACAGAAGAAAUCACCACCAGCUCUACAAUGCUGCCAAUAAGCCCCGAUGAGCAUCUGGGUGUCCCUGUUCAAGAGUCUCAACCCAGUGACUUAAAGUGAAGUUGACUUCACAAAGGAUUAAGGACUUCUAAAAUGAUUUCUGUCCUAUUGGCCUCAACAGAGGUUCUACCAUUUUGAUAAGACUGAAUGUUGGCAUACAAGCUCCAAAAUGUACAUAAAACAUGGACUGCAAUGCCACUAGCUGUUUGUCAUACAUAAAUCUGAACAAAUCUUCACAUUUACUUUGAAAAUAUGAAAUGUUACUACAGCUUGCAGAAGACUCCCAUUCAUACAAUUGUGCUAGGGUUAUUCUUUUUAGAGACACUUAAACUCAGAAAUCUAGCUUCUGCUCUGGUAUUGCAAAAAAAAAAUCUUAAUUAAAUCAUAAUGGGAUAUUCAAGCUUUACAACAUGAAGAUUCUUUUGUAUGCUUUUCUUUUAAGCUGAUUUGAAUAUUACUUUAAAAAGUAUACUGUAUGUAAGAAUAUCUAAAUAAUUGUGUAAAAGAAUCAUUUUAAGAUUAGUUUCAUUAUGUUUAUAUCAGGGUAAUGGGACAAACUAGGUCCCAUUUGAGGUCAGUGCUGUUAGCUCUGACAGCACUUUUAACGUUGUUUGUGAUAUUCAAUUUGUCAGAUGCAAGCCGCUUGGCUGCUCUCAUUUUUGUAUUA